UUUUAAGUUUCAAUAAUAACAGCAUUAGCGGCGCUCGGGGGUGAAGCUGACGGACAGCAGAGUCUCCGACUUUACUUUUCCCUAAUAAAGCUCACUCAGCCAGUUUGUUAAGGCUCCUUUAAACCUGUGGAAAUGUUCGGCAGUCUUAUCAGGGAUUUCGAGGACGACCCCUUCUUUUCCUCAACAAGUGACCCAUUCCAGGCCCACAGUGAGCGUAUGCGGCAUAUGAUGAGGAGUUUUUCAGAUCCUUUUGGCCAUGGUUUCAUGCCCAGUAUCACAGAUGGCCGGGACAGAGGACGCAGGGGAGAGGACCAACCCAGCACUAGCGUAGCCCACCGCAGUGACCACAGAGAGAUGGAUUUGUUCAGGAACCCUUUUGCCAUGAUGGACAACGUGAUGGCAGACAUGAGAAACAGAAUGGAAAACAUGCACCGGAACCUUGACAACAUCUCCACAGACUCCAACACCCACGCGUUCAGCUCCUCCUCAGUCAUGACCUACUCUAAAGUCGGAAAUGAGCCACCCAUGUUCCAGGCCUCCACUCAGACACGGUGUGCUCCCGGCGGGAUUAGGGAAACCAGGCGGGCUCUCAAGGACUCAGAGAGUGGCGUAGAAAAGAUGUCCAUUGGCCACCACAUCCAGGACAGAGGCCACGUUAUCGAAAGGAAGCAAAACCGAAAAACCGGAGAGAAGGAGCUUAACCAGGAUUUCCAGAACAUGGACGAGACUGAAGCCCAGUCAUUCGAUGAGGAGUGGCAGCGGGAGUUGUCCAAAUUCCAGCCCACCGCACCAAUGUCCCGCCUGGAGGCCCCCAAGCCCAGAGCCAUGCACAGAGCGGCCAUCGCCGGCCCCGAAAACACACAGAGAGAAAAAGACGAUGCAGCAGAAAGCAAGAAGAAGACUCACGUCUCUGAGCUCAACAUUCAGGGCUCCAGGAUGAAGAAGAAGUAAAACCUUGAUGAAAUGAAAAUAAAACUCUUUGUCAGGCAGCGGCUCCCUGGUGCUUUCGCCCACGUCUCUUUCAGACCAGUGCUUAUGCUUUCCAUGCUACUCGCUUCUGCGCCGUAAGCUAGGCUGCAGCUGCGUCUGCUCGACUGAUGGAGGUUUCUCCUCCACUGUGUUUCUGUAUUUACUGAAAUGUUUGAGGAAGACGGCGUUGAAAGAAUACAGCGUUACCUGAAAAUGGUAUAAAGGCCAGUGCAGUCGCUUGAGGAAAAAGGAUAUUUAUGCUAACCAAAUACAAGCACAUAGAUUUUUAGUCAUGUUUUCAUGCACAAAACACUUUCUUCCAUCUUCUGUCCAGGGAGUAAAAGUUUGAUUUCUCGAUUUCCCUCAAUUGCUUGAAUAUUAUUUUUUGCCUUUUUCUCUUUUUCUUUUGCUUUUUAAUGAAAUAAUAAAAAACACAAAUGUUAUAUAUUUCAGAACGCAUUUAGGAAUAUUGUAAUAUAUGUGUAAUUGGCUAAAACGGCUGCCCCUUAGCAAAAACAUUAUCUGCUGUAUACAUUUGUAAAGAAAUGCCAGAAAGACCCUUUUUAUACAGUCGUCAUUGUGUUCAGCUUAUUGGUUUGUAUUUUCAGCUUGUUGGUUUAAUGUUGAACCUGGGUGACAAAAGGAAAGCAAGGUGUAAAACAGACAUUCUCAGCUAUGAUGUAACUUAUAUUAACAUAUUCGUGGACUUCAUAAUGUCCUCAAUAAAAAGUGAACUGAGUCAUGA